CACACUUCUCCCCUCUCCACCCCCACCCCCAUUAAAUGCCUUUCUCUAUUUAGUUUGAUGAUAGACUACCAGUGGAUGUCGUUGUUUUGCUCCUUCUUUGCUGAAAAUGUCACUUCUCAAGAUGACCUCAAGUUAAGCAGACUCUGGGUUCUCCAUUCACAUGUAUCUCGACACGCUGGGAGGAAGGCAGAAAGCAGGAGGCAGGGACUGCAAACAUCCUUGUUUCAAUCUGGACGUGGAAAACCCUGAGAAGAUAUUUUAAAGGAUUCGUAUCCGAUCAGAAAAGCAUUUAAACUCUUCUGCAUACAUUCUGCACACAGAUUGCCAGAUCUCAGUGCAAACUUCGAGGUGUUUUAAAAAGGCUUCGCAUGUGGGGGUCUUCGGUGGAUACAGGAUCGGGUGACACUAGAAACAGAAUGCUGCUGAGACUCUGGGAGGUCCUGACGAUUGUGGUGGCUCUGUCCUGGCUGGUGGAAGGGGUCCGUGGGGGAUAUGGCAUGAGCGUGUUUGCAGCACAAAACAGUCAGCCUGAUCCAUGUUACGACGAGAAUGGGAACAACAGGCGAUGUAUCCCUGAUUUUGUUAAUUCGGCCUUUGGAAAGGACGUAAAAGUUUCCAGCACCUGUGGCAAGCCAGCUGCAAGGUACUGCGUGGUCAACGAGAAGGGGGAUGAGAGGUUCCGGAGCUGUCACAUCUGCAAUGCCUCAGACCCCAAAAAGUCCCACCCGCCCAGUUUCUUAACGGACCUCAACAACCCUCACAACUUAACGUGCUGGCAAUCGGAAAAUUAUAUCCAGUACCCUCAAAACGUCACUCUGACUUUGUCACUCGGGAAGAAGUUCGAGGUCACUUAUGUGAGUCUGCAGUUCUGCUCCCCAAGACCGGAAUCCAUGGCCAUCUACAAAUCUAUGGAUUAUGGUAAGUCGUGGGUCCCCUUCCAGUUUUACUCAACCCAGUGUCGGAAGAUGUAUAACAAGCCCAACAAAGCUGUGAUCACCAAGCAGAACGAGCAGGAGGCUAUCUGCACGGACUCCCACACUGAUAUGCACCCGCUGUCGGGCGGACUCAUCGCCUUCAGCACCCUGGACGGCAGACCCUCGGCUCACGACUUCGACAACUCGCCCGUGCUGCAAGACUGGGUGACGGCCACUGACAUCAAGGUGGUUUUCAGUCGCCUGCACACGUUUGGUGAUGAGAAUGAAGACGAUUCAGAACUGGCCCGGGACUCGUACUUUUACGCUGUUUCAGACCUGCAGGUUGGGGGACGCUGCAAGUGCAAUGGUCAUGCAUCCCGCUGCGUGAGGGACCGGGACGACAAUCUGGUGUGUGACUGCAAGCACAACACUGCAGGACCCGAGUGUGACCGCUGCAAGCCCUUCCAUUAUGAUCGACCCUGGCAGAGGGCUACAGCUAGGGAGGCCAAUGAAUGCGUGGCUUGCAACUGCAAUCUGCAUGCCCGGAGGUGUCGUUUCAACAUGGAGCUCUACAAGCUUUCUGGUCGUAAGAGUGGUGGAGUUUGUCUUAAUUGCAGGCACAACACAGCUGGCAGGCAUUGCCACUACUGCAAGGAAGGUUUCUACCGUGACAUGACAAAGAACAUUUCACACAGGAAGGCAUGUAAAGCUUGUGAUUGUCACCCUGUUGGUGCAGCUGGCAAAACCUGCAACCAGACUACAGGACAGUGUCCCUGUAAAGAUGGCGUGACUGGUAUUACAUGUAAUCGCUGUGCCAAAGGUUACCAGCAGAGCCGAUCUCCUAUUGCUCCAUGUAUAAAGAUACCCUCUGCUCCGCCUACUACACCAGCCAGCAGCAUGGAAGAAUACUCAGACUGUGACACAUACUGCAAGGCCUCAAAAGGAAAACUUAAGAUUAACAUGAAAAAAUACUGCAAGAAAGAUUAUGCGGUCCAGAUUCAUAUCCUGAAGGCAGACAGAGCCGGGGAAUGGUGGAAGUUUACAGUCAAUAUUGUGUCAGUAUACAAGCAAGGUGAGAACCGCAUACGCAGGGGGGAUCAAAUUUUGUGGGUUCGCUCAAAGGACAUUGGCUGCAAGUGCCCCCGAAUCAAACCAAUGAAAAAAUAUUUACUACUGGGCAAUGAUGAAGAUUCGCCAGACCAGAGCGGCGUGGUCGCUGACAAAACUAGUCUGGUGAUACAGUGGAGGGACACAUGGGCUCGAAGACUGAGGAAAUUCCAACAAAGAGAGAAGAAAGGAAAAUGCAGAAAAGCAUAAAAUAUGGAUAAAAAAAAACUGCAUGCUGCUUUGAGUACUGGUGGAAGAGAUACUAGGAUUUAAAAAAAUAGGAACUGUGUGAAGGAACUCGCUUUGCAGUUGGGGAUUUCUUUUCUUUUUGUAAGACUGCCAAGUUUGCACCUAAUGUAACAUAACAAAAUAUUUUCUUUAUGUACUGGUUCUACACAUUCUGAAAGAAACUCUAGCUAAGAAAUAUUUUUAUGUUUCUUUGUUGAGUGUAAUAGAAUUUUUAAUAGCAAGAAAAGAGCCUGGGAUACAGACUGCCAUUAAAUGCAAAUGACUACUAGGUCUUUAGCCUGAAGAAAGGGGUAGUUUACUUUUAUUUUAAGUGUUACUAUCUUCUUAUUAGCCACUCAGACUUACAUUUUCAUUUCAAGACAUUCAUAGGCAGAACAGCUGAACUUUUAAUUACAGAAAUACAUUAAAUUCAUCAGAUGAUAGAUACUUAAUUUUCAGUUUUAUAUAUUCCCAUUUUAUAUCAACAUGCUUUUCUCUAAAACAACACACAAUGAAGACAGUCAUGGACAGAGGGAAAUUACGGAGAUGUUUUAUACCUCACAGCAGCCAGCAUUCCUUUCUGAUUGUAAUAGGAGUUUUCCCCUUUAAAAACAAUACUGUUCACCUACUUUUAAACCAGAAGAGGUAGGGUGAUUUCUGGUUAUUUCACUUGAAUUUGCAUAUGAUUCUUUUGCUAUGUUUUAUGUUCCCGAUUACAAUUUUAAUACUAUUUAUUACACAACUGUGUUGAGUAGUUUGCAUUUUCAUUUGUCCUUUUAACUGCAGUGUCUUUGCCAAAAAAAGGAAUGCAAUGAAUGUUCUAAGGACCCCACUAGUUUAUUUGCGCUCCAUAUUUCUUAAGGGUAGUUCUUUCAGUGACAUUUCCAGACUGGUGAGAAAUGAACCUAGUGAGCAAGCCUUUUGUCAAUCAUUUCCUUAGCGGAUACCUUGUGUAAAGAUUAUGCCUUGCAAAGUAAGUCUUACAUGUGACUUUUUAUACAAAAUCCAUGGGAAAGAUAAACAUUUUCCGAAUGUAAGUUUCCCAGAGAGUAGGAAAGGGCAGCUUUGUCCACUGAUUGGAAACUAAGUAUUAAAACAUGAAAUGUUUAUGAACUGUGGUGUUGUACCUGAAUUAUUAUGUUGAGAGGCAGACAGCAGUGUAGGACCAGGGACUGGUAGAGGACUGCCAGUCUUGACAACUGCCCGACAGUCCUGUUACACUUGUCUUGUUAAACAAAUGUAACAAGUAUUAAAACAGGAAAUUUCAGUGAAUUAUGGUGUUAUAUUUGAAUUAUUACCUUUGCCCAGAAGCUAUCAGUCUAGAAUCGGAGACCACUACAGGAUUGUCCUUGCUGGCAAAUGCUUGACAGACCUGCUAGUGAAUGCUAUGGGAACCAGGAUUCACCAGCUUUUAGCCUUACCCAUGCCUUUGGCAAAACAUUGAAUCAAGCACUGUAAAAUGCAUGGAAUGUAUACAUGGAUUUAGGUAACAAGAAAUAAAAGUAGAUAUUAAAUGAGGCAUAGUCAAGGCCACUGAAAACCAGAUAAAAAUUCCAGAAUUUGAAGAGCGCAUUUACUGACCAAGAAAAUGGAAAUUACACAUUUUGGUAACACCAAGUAAAAAUGCUGCUAAAUGCCCAUUUCCCUUAUUUUAAUAUUUUCAGUUUUUCAUUUAAUUAUUCUUUAUAAACCUACUUGUUAUUCUAAUUAUUUACAUGUAGUAAAAGAAAAAUGGCAAAAAAAACCCAAGAUUAGAUAUACUGUCACUCAAACAAAAUUCUGGAAUUUUAAGUCAUAAAACUGUACUUUUUAAGGCUUAUGAGAGCAAAUCAAUGGCUUUGAGAGUAGAUUAUGUGGUAAUGCAUAAUGAAAAUUUUGCCGGGCAGUCAAAGUGAGAAAUGCUAUUUAACAUCCCAUAUAAUGCAUGAAGUGUUUAUACAAGCUGCCAGCACAAUGAUUUUGUAUGUUGUAGAUUUAUGUUAAUUACCUCUUCUUAUUUAGUAUAAAUGCUGAAGAGGGAUUAGUUUGGGUAUGGGUUGUUUUUUUAAGAAUAAGAAUGGGAAUUCUAUGCGCAGAGGUACAUGUAGCAGUUCUGCAUUGUCAUGAGUACAGUCCAUGUGUUUACAUUUCUUUUAAUCACAAUUUAUUCAAACCAUUUGCACUCAUAUUGUGCAAGCCAGUGGUGCACUGUGACGUUUUUUUCAGUAUUUGCCACACUGUACAACCAUAUAAUUUGUAUAUACAAGUUUGAGGAUGUAAGGUGCUUGUCUUCCCCCUGCAAAAAUUAAAUUAAGAAACAUUCUUAUGUGGUUUUAGGUAUUUUCAAGUUAUCCUUUUUGGAUUAAUCAAUCCAGUUAAUGGAAAACAAAAUAUGCAGGUACCAGUCAGUAUUCCCAGCCAGGCUUAAGUAGCCUUUAUGGUACUUUUACAAGGAAGGCUAAAAUACAACAGUUAGAAGCAGGACUAUGUAUGCUAAACAUUAUAAGCAUUUAGCUAUUAGAGUGUUGUGUUGUAUGUAUUCCUCUCACACUGUGACCCAAUUAAUGUGAAGUAUUAUAUUCAGCAAUGCCUGCCCUGAUGUUUGAACUGAAUAAUAACUUUUAGCAUAAUUAUAAACUGUGCUACUGUGCCAUUACACCUAAACACUAUAAGACAUCAUUUGAAAUUCAUCUCUCUCGGUUUAUUUUGUUCAUUUUAGAAAUUCAUUCAUAAUCUCUUUGGACCCUGAGGUCAUGCAUGGAUUAAGCAAAAAGGUUAUGAUAGGAUAUGCCUUAUUGUAGAAUAACUGCACACCUUGUAAAGGAAGCAAUGUGAUGGAAGUGUUUUUUACACAUUACAGAAGAGCAAUACACACAUCAUGGUUAUAAAUUGGAUCGUCAGAAUCUUACAAAAACAAAAAAAAACAAUGGAAUUCAGAAGUGUAACUAACACUGUUAAGUACACCUGACAAGUCUGUGUAAUGGUAAUACCUGACUACUUGAUGACAUAUGAUAACCAGAAGCCCUUUAUAUAUAUCUUUUGCAGAAGUACUGUUGGUACUUUACUCCUCUAGUCAGCCUUUGUUCACAGUAAGGGGAAAUGAAAUACAUUCUACAAGAAUAAAACAUCUAUUUUAGGUACAGAUAUCUACUUCUGUAACAGUGAUAAACUAAAUUAUCUUCGGUGUUUCAGCUAUGUUAACUAAUAUGUAUUAUAGAUGUUAGGAGAGAAAUCAUAAAUUAUGGCCACUGCACAUGCAGUUGAUACUGUUUUUAUUCUAAUCCUCCACUCAAUGCACUAACAAACCAAUACCAUCACAGGAGAUAUUUUAACUUCCUACAGCCAUUUCCCUACCUAGUACUCAGCCAAUCUGAAAUCAAACUGAAGUAUGUGAUGCAUCUGGAAAAGACUCCUCUGACCAUUGCAACUCUCAGCAUUGACUUGCUUCCAAAAUUAAUCAAUCAAUCUAUCUAUCUAUCUAUCUAUCUAUCUAUCUAUCUAUCAUAUAUCUAUUAUAUAUUUAAAGGGCUGAAAACCCUAACAAAACAAUUAAGAAAAACCUUUCUUUCUUCUAGCCCAAAUAAGUGCCAUAUAUCUAAGAGAAACAUAACCAACACACUGAAAUCAAACACACAGAAACUGCUUUUUCUGAGCACAGACACUCUCUGAAAAGAUUAAUGUGCUUGACUAGCAUAGUAUGUAAAUGUUUUUUCUAAAUUAUUUUCAAAUAACUUCUACAGGUUUUAUUACAUACUCAUUGUGCCAUAUGGAAGCAUGAUAUCUACAUAAUAGUGCUGCAAAUGUGUGUGUGUGUGUGUGUGUGUGUGUG